CCCACGGCCCCAUCUACAAAUACGCACGUCCCCCACCAUCGUCAGAUCACUCCGAAAAACCUCUCGUAGCACACCGUGACUAGCCCCCCAAAAACCACCCAAAGCACCGUGCGCCGAGGCCGAUACCCCCAAGACCGCACGAUCGACCCCUCUCCGCGCCGAACAGCAUGGCGUUCCGGCUGAGCAACAACCUGAUCGGCAUCCUCAACACGAUCACCUUCCUCCUCUCCAUCCCGAUCCUCGGGGCGGGAAUCUGGCUGGGCCACCGUGCCGACGGCACCGAGUGCGAGCGCUACCUCUCGGCCCCCGUCAUCACGCUCGGCGUCUUCCUCCUCCUCGUCUCCCUCGCCGGGCUCGUCGGCGCCUGCUGCCGCGUGACGUGGCUCCUCUGGGUCUACCUCGUCGCCAUGUUCGUCCUCAUCCUCGUGCUCUUCUGCUUCACCGUCUUCGCCUUCGUCGUCACCAACAAAGGCGCCGGGGAGGCGGUGUCCGAUCGCGGGUACAAGGAGUACAAGCUCGGGGACUACUCCAACUGGCUGCAGAAGAGAGUGGAGAACAACAAGAACUGGGGCAAGAUCAGGAGCUGCCUCCAGGACUCCAAGGUCUGCAAGAGCCUGCAGUACAAGAACGAGACGUGGACGCAGUUCAUGCGCUCCGACCUCUCCCCCAUCGAGUCCGGCUGCUGCAAGCCCCCCACCAGCUGCGGCUUCGCCUACGUCGGCGGCACGGAGUGGACCAAGACGAUCACCACCAACUCCUCGGACCCGGACUGCGGGACCUGGAGCAACGACGUCUCGGGGCUCUGCUACGGCUGCCAGUCGUGCAAGGCCGGCGUGGUGGCCACGCUCAAGCGGGACUGGAAGCGCGUCGCCGUCGUCAACAUCGUCUUCCUCGUCUUCAUCGCCAUCGUCUACUCCGUCGGCUGCUGCGCGUUCAGGAACAACCGCAGGGACAACGCCCACCGGGGCGGGUGGAAGGGCGGAUACGCAUACGCUUGAUCCACGAUUAUCUGGAGCGGAGCCUCGAGCGGCUCGAUCAGUCGCGUUAUCGUCAUGAUCACUGCUCUGCUCACCGUCCUGUGAUCACUGCCGUCGCAUAUCUUUAGCCUUGAUCUAGCUCUGUAGGCGAGAUUAUAUUACGGAUUCUUAUCAUCUACUAGUCACCUUAUGAGUUAUGAAUUAUGUUCAGCAUGUAGGUUUUGUAAAAACUGUUCAUUGAUACGAUUAACCAUUAUAUUCUCAUAUACCUACCUUUAUUCAUAUGUUACUUUCGUUCAGCCUUUUUCCUGAGUGAGUUGCACAUUUGGUUC